GGCGGGGCGGUUCUGCCUGGACGGUUGAGGUUAGGCCUUUCCGGUGGACCAGUCUCUAUAGUCAGGUUACCGCCUACGAACAGUAAGUUUGAUCAGUUUGCCUUAUCAGAUUCUUUGGAUUUGAGGGCGCUGUCAAAACCACAGUCUGAAAUUCGGGUCGCCUUGACAAUAAAUUCAGAUUACAUUUGUCGAGGAAGAGCAGAAGCAGGCGAAAGUUGGAGGUUCAAUAGCCAGCCUUUUGGAAUUGACAGCCUUAAAGCCUUCUUCUGAGAGGUUGUUUUGACUAACGCAACCCGUGUUCUGAUGAGUAAAAUCAUCAAAUACACAGUUUUGUUGUUUGUAUUAAUAACCAAAAUUCUCAGUCCACCGUGGUGCUGCAUGCUUGUAAUCCCAGUACUGGGGGCCAGGGUCAGGAGAAUUGCCUCGUGCUGAAAUCCAUCUGGGUCUACAUACUAAUACUACCAUGUCCUCAAAACCCCAUUAUUUACAUAAAACUUAAACAUUUAUUAAAGGUAUUUAUGUGUAUGAGUGUGUGUGCACCAUGAGUGUGCCCACACAAGUCAGAGAGGGCAUCAGAUCCCCUGGAACAGAAGCAACAAAGGGUUGUGAGCCACCAUUGUUUCACUGAGCUAGAACCCAGGUCCUCUGUAAGAGCUCUUGAUCUCGGAGCCAUCUCUCCAGUUCCUAUUUAUACACAACUUAAACAUUACAUAAACACAGACAUGGAGAAUUAGAGAACUUGUAACUCCCACCAAGUGCUCUAUCCUCACUUCACAAGAAUGUCAGCCUUCUGUUGCUAGUAACUAUUUUUAUAUGUAUGUACAACAAUUUCCUCUGAGUUGAAAUCUUCCUGGAGGAGGGAGUCUCGAAAAACUCCAGAAGUGAACAAAAUUGACAACUUCAGCUGAAGCAAGAUUUGUAAGCUUCCAGGUCCACCCCCACCCCAGGCUGUGUAAGCAGGGACCAUUGCUAGGGGGAAGACUGCAGGACUCUAUCAGCCAUGCAAGUCCUGCAGGGAGCUCCAGGGAUGCAACUCUGUGAUUGUCCAUGCCGGGGUGGGCUCUUCUGUGAUGCAGCUGUCUUUGAGUCAUCCAUCCUCCUGCAAGUGCCUCCAAUAAACUCAGUUUCACGAAGCUGGAUUUGAGUGGAAUCAUUUUCUUUGGCUUGUUGGUGACCUGGAACUGCAGGAAAAAAAACAAUCACACAACAUAGGAAUGCUAUUAUUUUGUACAUGCAUUGUGUGAUUAUACGAUCUUUCGUUUUACUCCUCUCUACUUAACUAUAGGUAUGUUUUUUAAAUUAAUUGCAUUUGUUCAUUUGCAUGUGUGUAUGUGUUUAGAUUUACCCAUGCCAUGUGCAUAUACGGAGAUAAAAAACUUGAGGGAGUCAGUUCUUUUCAUCCUGUGUGUCCUGGGAAUUGAACUCAGGUCAGCAGACUUGGCAGCAGAUACUUUAACCUGCUGAACCAUCUGGCCAGUCCCCUUAGCAAUAUAUUUGUUUAGUUGAGCAUGGUGGCACACAACUUUAAUCCCAACACUUGAGAGGCAGAGUCAGGCGGAUCUCUGUGAGUUCGAGGACAGCCUGGUCUACAGAGCGAGUUCCAGGACAGCCAGGAGUAGGUAGAAAAACCCUGUCUCAGAAAAAAAGCAAAAACCUCUACCUGUCCAGCUAUUGGCCAGUCAUCUUCUUUAUUAACCAGUGAGAAUAAUACAUAUUUUUAAAAAUUAUUUAUUUUUAUUUUAUGUGCAUGAACUCAAGGCCUCCUCACUGUAUCCAGUAUUGGUUUGGUUGUUGUUGUUGUGGGUGUUUUGUUUUAGAUAUUGAUUGGGGGGGGGAGAAAGAGGGAGAAGGAGAGAGAGGUGAGCGAGUGUGUAUGAGCACAGGUGGGAGCCAGUGCUCUCCUUCCUCCUUCCUUGCUUUGAGGCAGGGCCUCUCUUGUUAUUUUUCUAGCUGUUCUGUGUACUCCAGGACACCCAGCUGGAGAACUUCAGGCCAAUUCUGAAUCUGCCUUCCAACUUGCAGUAAGAGGGCUCAGACUGUAGAGGUAUGCACCAUGGAAUCCAGUCUUGGUUCUAAGGAUCAAAAACAGGUGUCAGGAGUGCAUAGCCAUCUCAAGGAGCCAUCUUCCUGGCUUCUGUUAUCUUUUUGGGAUAUCUCACUUUGCAGCCCAAGGUGAACUGGGACUCACAACGAUCUUUCUGCCUCAGCUUGCUGAAUGCUGGCAUUUCAAGUUUAUGCCAUUGUGCUUGGCUUGGAUUUUUUUUUUUCCCUUUGAGACAGGUUCUUGCUAUACAGCUCAAACUGGCCUCCAAAUCUCUAUCCUCCUGCCUCAGUUACCUGAGUGUGGGGAUUACAAGUGUGUAGAGCAUGUCCAGCUCAGAAGUGAGUAUUUAUGCUUUGACCAUGAAUAAUGAAAUUGAGACCCUACUGUAUAAAUUGUUGUAUAAUCUUCUCUUUCACAAACAGUGGACAUUUUUCAAGAAUCAUCAAAUAUUUACUCGCUGUUCUCCCCCAGCUCCUCCUUGCUCUUGCCCUCUCAGCCUAGAAUUGAUAUGUAGCCCAGGCUGGCCUUGAACUCAUAAAGAUCUGACUGGAGCCAAUGUAGUUUGUCACCAAUGCCCCCCUCCCCCCACCCAACAGGGUUUUACUAUGUAGCCCAGGCUGGCCUUGAACUCAUGAUCCUUAUGCAUCAGCCUUUGAAGUUUUUAUAUUAUAGUCGUGGACUACUAUAGCUGAAAUAUACUACUUCUUGUAGGCAUACUUUUCUGUCUGCCAGCCAGUUCCCAAAUAAACACACAGAGACUUACCAUUUAUUGUAAAUGUUCCACUGAUAGCUCAGGCUUGUUAUUAACUAGUUUUUACAUUUUAAAUUAACUCAUUUUUUUUUAUCUACACUCUGCUACGUGGCAGUACCUUUUUGCAACAUGGCAAGUUUAUCUUGCUUUUCUCUGCGUCUCCUCGAGAUGCCCAAGACUCCUCCCCUUCUUCUUCACACUCUUUUUGUCUACAAGUCCCACCUAACCUCUACCUGUCCAACUAUUGGCCAGUCAUCUUCUUUAUUAACCAGUGAGAAUAAUACAUAUUUUAAAAAAUAAUAUAUUUAUUUUUAUUUUAUGUGCAUUGGUGUUUUGCCUGCCUGUAUGUCUGUGUGAGGGUCCCCUGGAACUAGAGUUACAGACAGUUGUGAGCUGCCAUGUGGAUCCUGGGAAUUGAACCCAGGUCCUUUGGAAGAGCAGUCAGUGCUUUUAACCGCUGAACCAUCUCUCUAGCCCCUAGUAAUACAUAUUUAGAGUAUACAAAAAGAUUAUCCCACAACAACUUCUUAAAGCCUGUAGCUUAAGUACAUGACUAACUGAAUGUCUACUGUGAAAGUAUAUACAACCCUUAUGUGGAAGGUAGUCUGUUACGCCUUACAUCAGGGUCCCCGAUGAUGGACCUCAAAUUUAUUGUUUGUUUGAGACAAGAUCUCACUCUCUUACUGAGACUUGUACUUCUGACCUCAAAGCUGCUUUGCCUUAGCCUCCAGAGUAACUGGAACUAUGGACAUGUACCACCCCAGGUGAUGCUAAGAGCUGAUUAGCUAGAAAGAUUCACAUUAGAAGAAAAACAAUUACAGGAUGGUUGUUGCAGUGAACUAUGCCCCUUUCAAAAUCAUUGCUCAGAUGUCAUUCUGGAUGCACAUGCCUUUUUCCUUACCCUUCUUGAACUAUUUUUGUUUUGUUUUUCCAGACAGGGUUUCUCUGUGUAGCCUUGGCUGUCCUGGAACUUGUUCUAUAAACCAGGCUGGUCUUGAACUAGCAAAGAUCCGCCUGCCUCUGCCUCACCUGGGAUUAAAGGCAUGCACCAACACCACCUGGCUGUUUUCUUUUUCAUAAAAAAGUUAUCAUUGUUUUGUCUGCAUGUCUGUCUGUCUGUGCACCAUGUAUACACCUAGUGCCGUUGGAGGCCACAAGAGGGCAUUGGGUCCCCUGGAACUGUCUCUUGGGAAGUGGUGCUGGAAAAUGAACUUGGAUCCUUUCAAAGAGCAGCCAACACCUUAACCACUGAGCCACCUCUCUAGUCCCCUUCCUUUUCUUUUCUUUCUUUCUUUUGUUUUUUUGAGACAGGUUUUCUUUGUGUAGCCCUCGCUGUACUGGAAUUCACUUUGUAGACCAGGCCCUGAACUCACAGAGAUCCACCUGCCUCAGCCUCCAGAGUGCUGGGAUUAAAGGUGUGCACCACCACCACACCUGGCCCCUUUCCUUCUUCAGUAGAGAUUAUCAUCUACCACAUGAGAUAUAUUUAUUAUUUUUGCCUAUUUUCACUUGAGAGAAUAUAAGCUUUAGGAAGACAAGAAUUAUUGUUAGCGAAUCCCAAGAGCUCAGAACAGAGCCUGAUAUGUCUUAGGCAGCCAAAUGUUUAUUGAGCGAAUAAGUGAAUUGCUAGAGACAAACUCUACAAAUAAAGGAUGGGGGUGUAGCUCAGUGUGACCCCACUGAGUCAAAGCACUUAGAGGAAGGAGUCAGAAUCACAGGCAGAAAGUGAAGUGAUGCCAAGGAGACUGGUGCAGAGAGCUGCUGAAUGGCUGCGUUUCUUUGGCAUGAUGGAGACUUGUGGAGAUGUAUGGUGGUGAGGGUUGCCCAACAAUAUAAAUGUGCUUAUCACCGAACUGUGCAUGUGUGCGUGUGCGUGCGUGCAUGCGUGCGUGCGUGCGUGCAUGCAUGCAUGCGUGCGUGUGUGUGAUGUGCUGGUUCUCCCUUUCCACUUUAGAUCGCUCUGGGGUGAGCCAUCAUGCUUUCCUUGAAACUGCACCUAGGAAUGGCUGAUUUUAAAAGCUAAUCAAGGCACUCUAGAGGAUGGGCUCCUGUCAGCCUCUUGUCUGUCUGUUUGUGACAGGGUCUCACUCUGGCUGUGUAGCCCUGGCUGUCCUAGAAUUUGCUUUGUAGACCAGCAGGCUGGCCUCAAAGUCAGACAUCAGCUGAACUGCCUCUGUCUCUUGAAUGUUGGGACUAACAACGUGCACCAUCAUGUCCAGCAAGGCAUUCUAAAUAUAGGGGUCUCAUGUCUAAAGUAUAUUUCUGCCAAGGAGGAAGUGUUUCUAUCCCCAGGCAUGUCUGCUUGCCAUCCAAAAGCCAGAUGACAAAUUCCCACUUUGGGAACUCAUGUACAGGCAUUCACAGGAAGGGGGGAAAAGAAUAGCAUGGGCGAUGAUGGGACAGCAUCACACUGAUCAGUGUCUUUUUAUCCAGGCAAUGUGUCAUCCUCCCCCACUCCCCAUAGUCUAUGGCACACUACACACCACACACACACACACACACACACACACACACACACACACACACACACACACUUUCCUCAAAGUUAAACAUCACAGCAGUUUGUGAGUGUUGUGUUAGUGGACACACUAGCUUAUGUAAUAAGGAGUGGAGUUACACAUUCUGAUGUUAGCCGAAGACGAAGUGGUGUUCUGGGCUGUGCAGUCGACAGAAAGCAGGGUUCUGGUUUUGUCAGGCAAAGGCAGGGGGAGGCAAAAUAAAUCCCGCUAGGUACAACUUUCAACCACUGUUGACAAGAUUGACUUUAGAAAUUGCGUUCUGAACGUCAGCAUUGAAGUGCCCUGGAAUCUCAGCAGCCAAAUCAGUAGGAUUGUGCUGCUUAUGGAACUCACAUAGGCACUUUAAACAAGUUCUUUAAGAUUUCGUGUGCUUUUUAGAAAGCCAGAUAAUUUGAAAUACUUAUUCCAAGCAGUCAUCUACCUUGUAAACGUUUAGUGUUAUUUCUACUACUCAUUAACAAGAACACCAAAUUCUUAUUUAAAGCUUACCUAGAAAACAUUUUUAUGAACUUCAAAUGUACAAGCGACGAGGUCCCCAAAUAAAUCUUGGUGGUAGGUCAGCAAAUCUGGCCGCAAAGCUGUUGUCAGUGUUUUCCGUGUCUUUGCAAUAAAGGAAGGGUGGGUGGUUUCCAAGCCAAUGGCUCAGCUGGUCCCCACUGGCGGGUGAGAAAGUUCGCAUCUCCUGGACCGCCUCUUCCUGGCGGCGACGUACGACCUCACGCGUUCCUGCGCCUGCUCUGGGCGGCACAGACAAGCUGCGUUCCCGCCAGAUUAGUUAAGUUUCGUUUCCAGCAGUUACGGAGAGUUCCCCUUCCCGCGAUCUUUCCCCGAAGUUGACUCUUCCUUUCCGGAGCACAGAGCCUCAGAUAUGGAAGGUCAGUGCCGAAGGCCGACAGCGCCGCGCGCUAAGAAGCCGGCUGCGAAGCGCGCCACGACGGAGCCCAAAGGGACCGUGGCCGCCCGGCCCCGCGCGGGAAGCUGCGUCCCGCAAAGGGGGGCGCGAUCGCGGCGUGCGGAGUGUGACGGGGACCCCGCGGAGAAGCCGCGCGCCCAAGCGCCCCCGGGAAGGGCGUCCGUGCGCACCAAGGACCCACAGCCCUCGGCCACCGGAGCCGCAGGUGACGCCGGGCAGCCCGGCGUCCGGGAGCCCCAGCCUCCGACAGUCCCCGAGGUACCUGAGGUCUCAAGGGGCGUCCGGGAGCCCCAGCGUCCGACAGUCCCCGAGGUACCUGAGGUCUCAAGGGGCGUCCGGGAGCCCCAGCCUCCGACAGUCCCCAAGGUGCCCGAGGUCUCAAGGGGCGUCCAGGAGCCCCAGCCUCCGACAGUCCCCGAGGUACCUGAGGUCGCAAGGGGCGUCCAGGAGCCCCAGCGUCCGACAGUCCCCGAGGUGCCCGAGGUCUCAAGGGGUCCUCGCGGCAGGAGGGGCGCGCGCUCCACGGGGCAACAGAGAGCCCCGCGGGCUUCCAGGAAGGAGCCGGAGACCCUCGACAAAAAGCUCAAGAGGGUGCUGGGAAAUUUGAAGUUGAAACGGGAUGAGAUCUCGGUGGCAGCCGAGGUGGUGAAUGAAGUCGUGAAGAGCCUGCUGAAAGGAAUGCAGACCAGUGAGUCGGAGUUCAAAGGCGUGCAGAAGCUGAACACUGGCAGCUACUAUGAGCAUGUGAAGAUUUCUGCUCCUAAUGAAUUUGAUGUUAUGUUUAAACUGGAAGUCCCCAGAAUUGAUCUACAAGAAUAUCAUGACACUGGUGCUUUUUAUCUUGUGAAGUUCAGAAGAAUUCCAGGAGGAAAUCCUCUGAGUCAUUUUUUAGAAGGGGAAGUAUUAUCAGCUUCCAAGAUGUUGUCAAGAUUUAGGGAAAUCAUUAAAAAAGAAGUUAAAAAAAUUGAAGGUAUUGAUGUCAGUGUGGAGAAGGAAAAACCAGGAAGCCCUGCUGUAACACUUCUUAUCAGAAACCCGGAAGAAAUAUCUGUGGAUAUAAUUCUGGCUUUGGAAUCAAAAGGCAGCUGGCCCAUUAGUACCAAAGAAGGACUACCCAUCAAAAACUGGCUUGGCACAAAAGUUAGGACCAAACUAAGACAAGGACCAUUUUAUCUUGUGCCCAAGAAUGCAAAAGUUGGAAAUGGUUUUCAAGGCAAGACAUGGCGCCUCUCUUUCUCUCACACUGAAAAAUACAUUUUGAGUAAUCAUGGGAUAGAGAAAACAUGUUGUGAAUCUGCUGGAGUGAAAUGUUGCAGGAAAGACUGUUUAAAAUUAAUGAAAUACCUUUUGGAACAGUUGAAAAAAGAGUAUCAAGAACUAGAUGAAUUCUGUUCUUACUAUGUGAAAACUGCAAUCUUUCACAUGUGGACUGAGAACCCACAAGACAGUCAUUGGGACCCCAAGCAACUGAGCACCUGCUUUGAUGAGUUUUUGACGUUCUUUGUUGAGUGCCUCAGGACAGAGAAACUGAUGCAUUAUUUUAUUCCAAAGUUCAAUCUAUUCUCUCAAGAAGAAAUUGACCAAAAAAGUAAAGAAUUUCUGUUAGAGAAAAUUGAAUAUGAAAGAAACAAUGGAUUUCCAAUUUUUGACAAGUUUUGAAAUUAUGUAUUUGUCUGUAUGUUAUAAUGUGUUCUUGUGGGUGUGUGUUUAGGACAGAGGUUGAUGCCAAAUGUCUUCCUCAAUCACACUUCACUUUUUUGAGACAAAGUCUGCUUCUGAACCCAGAGCUCAUGGACAUGUCCAGGCUGAUUGGCCAGUGAGCUCCUGGGAUCCGCCUGUCUCUGCUUCUCCAGCCCUGGGAUCAUGGAUGAGCAUCACCUAGACAGCAUUUCACUGUUGCUGGGGAUCUGAACUCAGGUCCUCAUGUGUGCAAAGCCAGUACUGUACUGACUGAGCCCUCUUCCCAGCCUGGGACUGUAUUUUGAAAUGAAACUGGGUUCAAAUCCAUUGUGGUGGUGUGUGCCUGUAGUCCCAGCACAUGAGAAAUGGAGCCAGAACAACAGUUCCAUGUGAUCCUUGGCUGUAUCUCUAGUUCAAGGAUAGCCUGGGCUACAUGAAGCCUGCUUAAGGCAAGGUAUAAAAGGGGCUUGGAGGGAUGGCUCGGUGGUUAAGAGCACUUACUGUUCUUUCAGAGGACCUGGGUUUGGUGCUCAGCACCCAAUGGCAGGUCAUAACCAUGACUCCAGUUCCAGGAAGUCUAGCCUGCUCACUGCAGGAUCCUGCUUGCACAUGGCGUAUGCACACAAACACAUAUACAAGAGAAAUAUUUUUUAAAAGCACAAAAAAUAGAAAAUGAAACUAUGAUACGAUCCCACGAUAUGUUAAGUGUGUUGGCACUUAUAAUCCUGGCACUUGAGAAACUGAGGUAUGAGGGUUGCCAUGAAUGCAAGGCCAGCCUGGGCUACAGAAUAAGAUCUUGUCUCAAAAAAUAAAACACAAGCCAGCAGCAGUCCCUAUGAGUUGCCAUGGUGUUUGGGCUGGGUCUGCUCACCCGUCCUGACUCAGAAAGGUACAGUGCUUUGUUUUUGUUUUUCUUCUUUUGGAUGCUGGUCAGAACCUAAAGAGGCUUUUCCUGAUAUUUGUGCUUCCUUACUUUUUCUCUUGAAGUUCCCUCCAACCCCUCGACACAUAUACACCACAUGGCUGCUUAUCUAUCAAGUGGCUGAUGUCCUCUUUGAAUACAAAACAACCCCCCCAAAUGUGAUUCUAAUAAUGCAAAAGCUCACAGCAAUAACUAAAACGAAUAUAAUUUAGUUGUCAGUUUUUCGUUCAUUCACUCAAAUAUAAAGAUUAUAAUAAAAGUUAAAUACUAAAAAUAAAAAGGAAAACCUUGCCAUCUGGGAAAGGGAAAACAAAUAUAUAUCUUUCCCUAAUUAAAUGCAUUAAGUCCUUAAUGAAUAUCACUUCUCACCUAGUGUAAGUCUGCAGAAGGCUGUGAGAGACCAUAAUCGAAUGGUUGAUUGAAGCCUUGUUCAAAUACAGGAAAUGGACAUGAAAGUGGUGUCUGGUCCUGUGUCCCAGGGUAGGAAAGGAAAGGAAAAUUAAGUUCUGCAUCUACUUCAGGUACCCUAUCAUGUGUGGAUAAGCUUGUAAUUUAUUUUUAUUUUUGUUUGUUAUGUGUUUCUCCAAAAGCACUGGUACCUAACACAGAAAUGAGUGUAGGGCAGAGGGCGACUCUCCUCUGUAUUCAAGCAGCAUUCACCAGUGACAAGUGAUGCUCACUAACUCUUUCUGGAGAACUUUGGUCUGCACUGUUGCGGGAGCCUCUUUCUCAUUGUCCUGUACUUGUUAGUUCCCUGUGUAACAAAUCAUGUCUACCACAUGUGUUGUCUUCACUUUUUUGGUAUCUUACAGUAAAUAAGAUUUAAAAGUUUUAAUGUAUGAAUUUAUCAGUCUCAGAGUUUGUGCCUUGUACUUAACCACUAGGUUUGAAUGUCAUAGAAAAAGCGUCCACAUGGGGAGGAAAAGUUUUGAGGACAAUUAACAAGUAGAUGCCAGACCAAAAAAAAACCAAACAACCAAGCUCUAUUUAAUAUCUUAAAGUGAGUCCUUGUUCCCCCCUCCCGAAAAAAGAAAGGUACACAAAGCCCGGGAUUCAGUUCCCAGCACCUAAAUAAGAAAAAAGAAAAUUACAGGCCUUGCAUUUCAGAUCCUCUUGACCCAGUCUCACCAGUAUCUGGGAUUACAUCCAUACACUACCAGGCUGGGUUUGUACUGCUCUUCUGAGUUCAACUCAUGCUUAGAUUUUGGAAAACUAGUUCCUUACUGUUCUGAUGUCUUUUUUUUUUUUUUUUUCAAGACAGGGUUUUGGUGUAGUUUGGGGGCCUCUCCUAGAUCUCACUCUGUAGACCAGGCUGGCCUCGAACUCACAGAGAUCCGUCUGGCUCUGCCUCCCGAGUGCUGGGAUUAAAGGUGUGGGCCACCAUCGCCCAGCUGCACCCAACACAAUUUAUCCAUUUGAAGGGUACCGUUCAAUGGUGAACCUGGGUCUUCUGCAAGAACAGAGGUGUCCUUAGUCACUGAGCCAUUUUUCCAUUCCCAGAAAGUACUCUUGGCUAUGAAGCCAUCUUCUCAGCCCCAAAGUAUUGCCAAUUCAUCUUCAAUGUGAUGGUUGCAGUUCGUUUUCUGCCACAAAAAGGGAUAGAACUGCCAGGCGGUGGUGGCACACACCUUUAAUCCCAGCACUUGGGAGGCAGAGCCAGGCAGAUCUCUGAGAGUUUGAGGCCAGCCUGGUCUACAGAGCAAGAUCCAGGACAGGCACCAAAGCUACACAGAGAAAACCUGUCUCGGAAAAAAAAACAAAAAACCAACCAACCAACCAACCCAACAAACAAACAAACAAACGGGAUAGAACCUAGGACCCCACACAUGGUCAAGCACUUUACCACUUUAAAAAGUGGUGUUUUUUGUUUUGAGACAGGGUGUCUCUGUAUAGUCCUGGCUGUUCUGGAACUCACUUUGUAGACUGGCCUUGAACUCAGAGAACUGUGUGCCUUGGAGUCCUGAGAUUGAAGGCUGCAUUUUUUUUUUUUUUUGUUCUAAAGGAAGGUUAUCUAGUGGUUAUUGAAGCUCUGGUUGUGCUCACAUCAUCUCAGGACUUGGGUGCAGGUUCUAUAAGACGACAAAGUGACAGGAAGCUACCCAAUGCCUGGAUUGUACAGUUGUCGCUCUCAGGGAAGCAGGUCACUGUCCCUGCACUCAGGCUCUUAUGAUUGUUUACAAUAAGACCACUUAUCUGCAGUUUUGCUUUCCAUGAUUUCUGUAACAGUCAACUGUGGUCCAAAAACAUGAAAUGGAAAACUUUGGAAAUAAAAGAUGUACAUGUAAA